UAGAGGCGCCGUUUCCCUCGCCCCUGUUCGAACGUCACUUCCGCUUCCGCCCGAGCGCCGAAGCAGAAAACAUGGCGGCCUUCACGACGAGCGUCAGGAGCGUUCGCGGUCUGUUAAAGGUCUUCCACGGACGCGUUCUCUCGGCUCCUGCGCUCCGCUGCUGCUCGCAGGCUCUGAGCGAGGUUCAGAGGUCACAGGACCCGGAUGUUCUCUAUCAGAGGCUGUCGCUGCGGGUCAAAGGUCACGACCAGACAGUGCUGGACAGCUUCGAGACGUUCGCGUCUCUAGCAGCUCGAGAGCUCGGCCUGAACCUGAGUGUGUCGACUCCACAGAAACACAUCGACAGACUCACGCUGCUCAAGUCUGUUCACAUCUUCAAGAAGCACCGGGUUCAGUACGAGAUGAGAACACACUACAGGUGCAUCGAGGUUUCCAGGGUAACCGGCUCCAGCGCUCGGGUGUAUCUGGAGUAUGUUCAGCGUAAUCUACCGGAGGGCGUUGCUAUGGAGGUCACCAAGACAGCUAUAGAGAAGAUCCCUGAACACAUCGAGAGACCGCUGUGGGGCGAGAAGAACACGAACUAAACCCACCGCUAUUAUACAGGAGAAAAGAACCUCGGCGCACCUCUCUUUCAGCUAGCGCUUCUCAGUCUUUUUUUUUUUUUUUAUAAAUAUUUGCCUCACUGUUAUUUAUUUUGUGAAUAUUUACCGUUUUGUCUGAAAAUGUUAAAUCUACAUUAAAGAGAUUUUCAGCAACA